AGCGUGAUGAUGCCCUGGCUGCGCUGAAUGACAGGCUGGAGGAGCACAGCAGAGAAAAAUCUGCGCUGGAGAGCCGCACCAGUGAGAGUGUUGACGCCUUGGCUGCCAUGGAGCGCCAGCCACAGGAGCGUGAUGAUGCCCUGGCUGCGCUGAAUGACAGGCUGGAGGAGUACAGCAGAGAAAAAUCCGCGCUGGAGAGCCGCACCAGUGAGAGUGUUGACGCCGUCGUUACACUCAGGCGCCAGCUACAGGAGCGUGAUGAUGCCCUGGCCGCGCUGAAGGACAGGCUGGAGGAGCACAGCAGAGAAAAGUCUGCGCUGGAGAGCCGCACCAGUGAGAUCCCCCCCCCCCCCCCCCCCAAAAAAAAAAAAAGAAGAAACAUACAACAACAACAAAAGACCCCCCAAAAAACGGCAUCUCUCCUUCGCUGCGGCAACACAACACUUCUCCACCCCUAUAAAUAUAAAUAUGUAUAUAAGUAUUAA